CGCAAAGGCUUAAGACUAACGGUGGCUGCCAAGAACAGCGCGAGCCAACGCUAUCCAACUGGGCUUACUCAGCCGUAGGUUGUAACACAGCUGAAUUCAGGUCUUCAUCCGUGUCUCUAAGGUUUCUAAUAAUUGAAUAUUAUAUAGAGCAUAAAGCACAACACAUCUCGCUCCGUCCGCUGAUUGAUAAACCCGCAGUUUACAGCGGCAAUGUUCCAGCGGAUCAAGGGCGCCAUAGAUUCUCGCAUAGCAGAGGAGCAAGCCCGCCAGAAAGCAGCGCAAGAGUCCAGUUCCAUUUCCCGAUCCAACUCGCACAUACGCCAAUCGCAUACCCGUGCAGCGUCUCGCGCUACAAGGCUAAAGCGAGAGAACAGCGUUUCCACGAAAACACCGGAUCCUGCUGAAUUCGAUGUGGAUUUCGUUGUAGGAGACGAUGAUUCAUCAACCAGAACCAGCACUCCUAUUCAAAUGCCCGAAGCUGGGAGAGACGGAAAUGCUGGGACUGCAGCAGACCAGGAAGGGGGUCAGGGGAGGACGAAGGAAAGGGAAAUAGACUCCACACGAUCCCAGGACGCCACACCGGAGGAACCUGCACAGAUGGAGCUUCCGACUGCAGUGAGGGUGAGAUUACGGAGGCUCGACAAGAUAGAAGGGAGAUAUCAAGAAUUAUUGAAGGCCUACCGAAUUGCGCAGGCCCGCGUAGUGUCUAUCGAACCGUUCGAAGCAUGCCUACGCGAGAAUACUCCAUUAACCUCCAUAAGUGACCCCCGCGCUUUGACAGAGUACCUGAAUCAGGUCAACCUGAAGGGUGAUAUGGUAUUGGAGGAGCUAAAGAGGGUCACCACUGAGAGGGAUGAGUAUAAGAAAAAGUUCACUGAAGCUGAGAAAUCAGCUCGUGAUGCUCAGGAAGAGGUGGCUAACUUGAGGAAGCGGAGCUUUUCUUCCGAUGGAAAAGGUUCUACGCACGGCGAAGGAGUAAACAGAAAGACUGCGCCCACGAUCGAGACGCCAUCUGCGUCCGCAGAAGGCAGUUCCUUGGAAAGUUCACAGAAAUCCCCAACCCUUUCGAUCGCAUCUAUUCCUGGAAUAUCGUUAUUUUCGCCAAGAGCGAAGGCUGUCACAUCACCUCCUCCCGUGGAAGAGAACGAAGAGUUCUUCUCCUUUGAUAACGAGAUACCCCGUUUAGAAUCGGAACUGGAAAAGAGACAACAGGAGGUUGAGGUGCUGAAAUCGGAGGUGAAAACACUUAAAGGGGAUUUGUCCGUUGCGCGUGAAUCGACGGAGGGCAUGGCACAGAGUUUGGAAUCGGCUACCCGGGAACUGACUACACUGAGAGAGGCAAAGGAUCGAUUCGAGUGGAACCUGGAGAGUCAGCGGAAAGUGUUGGAAGAGCAGAUUUCUAAUCUCAAGGUUAAACUUUCUGUGGCUGAGGCGGAUGUGGAGAAAUCAAGUGCUGCAAUGGAAAAUUUGAAGACCCAGUUGGAUGAAAAAUCGAAGGAAUUGAGCCAGGCAAGCGACGAGAAAGAUGACCACAAUACCAACGUAGCCGCGACAGAACAGCAAAAUGCUUCUGGCGAAAAACGGCUGAGUAUACUACACAGCCUCGUUGCAACCUUGAAAGCGCAGCUGAAAGAUGCCGAGUUUACUAUAUCAUCUUUGAAGGCCGAGGUUUCUUCUAAAGACGCUAAGGCGAAAGAUACUCAAAGGAUCAUUGAUUUCAUCGACAACGGAUUCAGGGAUAACCAAACAUGGCAGAUUGCUAAGAAACGUAUAUCAGACGGACAAGCUGCCGAUUUCGACGAACUCCGGAAGAGUCUAGUCACGAUCAAUGAUCAAGCUAGUGUUGUUGCUCAAAAUGCCCCUGCUGCAGGCAGUGGUAAAAAGAGGAGCAAGAAGAAGAAGAAGGGUGGAAAGGGCGGAGCAGAUGAAGUCCCUGAAUCUGCGGUCACUCCAACUACGGGAUCAUUCGUUUCCCCCGAAACUACAAAUCUUGUUGCUGAACUUGAGAAGAGAAUAGCACAGCUGACAACACAACUAGUAGAGAAGGAAACCGCCAUAAGCCGAUUAGAUUCCAAGCUUAAGGGUGAAGACAAUUUACGGGAAGAGAUUGAUUCUUUACGUGAUGACCUACGUGACAUUGGACAAAGCUGUGUCGAGGCAAAGGAUAAGGUCAAGGAACUUCUGACGGAGAAGAGGGCUCUUGAGAAGACUAUCCAGGAACUAGAAAAGGAGUUAAUUGAUCUACGAUCAAGCGCAGCAUCAAGCUCUUGUCAAGCUGAGGACGCGCACAAAGACCUAGCCGCCGAAUUUGAAGAGCUGAAGAUAAAAGCCACAGCACUGCAAACAGACCUUUCCGCUGCUCAACAACUCGCUGCAUCGCGGUUUAAAGAUUUAACUGACCUGAGAGAAACACUUCAGAAAGUUCAGCCGGAAUUGAGGAAUCUCCGCGCUGAAUCAGCCGAACUUAAAACGUCAAAGGAGGAACUGAAGAACAAAACCAAUGACCUGAAGCGCUUGGAGAGACGACACGAAGACGUUCGAUCUGAAAUGAAGAGUUUAAGAGGUAGGAUUGGGGAACAAGAAGCAGAAAUCAAAGCCCUGAAUCAAAAUGUCACGCAGGAAAUGACCAGCCGCGUCAAGGCAGAGCAAGCGUUGGAAGUUGCGCAAUCUGAUCUACGCUACUCUGAAAGUAAAAAGCAGGAGGCUCUAGAGACGAACGAGAAGACAACGAAAAGCCUCUCGAACACACAGGAAGAGCUAAGAUUAUCACAAACGAGAUUGGCAGAGGUAGAGGAGCACGUGAAACAGCUGAAUAGAGACAUCGAAAGCUUACGAGAUGAAAUCCAAUUGAAAACCGCGCAGCAUGCCAGCGCGCAAAGCCUCAUGAAUAGCAUGCGCGAUCAAACAUCUGAGAUGGCAAUGCAGGUUAAAGAAGCCCGCGAACGCUGUGACAGCCUCGAGGAGGAAGUUGCUGAUGCUCACCGUCUGCUCUCAGAGCGCACCCGAGAGGGCGAAACAAUGCGACGGCUGCUAGCAGACGUCGAGAUGAAGACAGAUGCCAAGGUCCGCGAAUUCAAAGAUCGACUAGAAGCCGCCAUUGAAGAGCGUGAUCGGGCGGAAGAUGAGGCUAGCCUUGUCGGACGCAAACGAGCGAGAGAGGUCGAAGAGCUGAAGACGAAGGCACGCGAUAUGGAGCGCACUUUACGGCGAGCGGAACUGGACAAAGAAGAACUAGAACAUGAGCAGAGGGAUUGGAAACGGCGACGGGAGGAACUAGAAGCCGAAACAGAGCGAUCGAAACAGGAUCUUGCCGACAUGCAGGCGGCGAUGACGCAGCUACGUGACGUCCUCGACGAGAGCGAGAGGCAGAUACGGGAAUUGGAGAAGGAGAAGACCGAACUUCGCCGCUCCGUCGAGGAAACGAACCAACGCCUAGAAAAACUACGUAAGUCCAACAAGGCGCUCACAGAGGAUGUAAAAGCGUUUCAAGCUAGCAAGCGGCGUGCAUUCGAUUCGAAUAAUACUAGUUCUGGUCGAUCGCCGCGGCCGUCGCUGGAUUCUGGGAUGCAGCAACCCCGCGGUGGCAAGGGCGUUUCGCCGCAUCCUCAGGAUAGGAGUCCGACCCCCAAGGGUCCCGGCGUGGGUGGAGUUGACUAUGUGUAUUUGAAGAAUGUAUUGCUACAGUUUCUGGAGCAGAAGGAUAAAAAUUAUCAGAAGCAGCUCAUUCCAGUAUUGGGGAUGUUGCUGCAUUUCGAUACGAGUGAUGAACAGAAAUGGAUGUCAGCCAUCUCAUCUAGAUAAUGUCGCAAGCCCAUUACCUGACCUGCGCAAAUGCUAUCACUUCGUUGAAAAUGACAUAUACCAAACGCGACAGCUCUAUGCGGCCAAAGCUGUGGAGCAGAGCAAAGAUCGUUGACGCCCUUUCCUCAUUUACCUCUUAAGUGUGCUUGAAACAUGAUUGAGACUAGUGCAAUGUAAUAUAACAUGCUCGUGACGUACAUUUCUGCGGAGAGAGUACUGGCGCAAGUGUCCGGAAGCAUGCUCAUGUUUUCCAGACAAGAGAUAUUCCUGGGCGCAUAUAUAUAUAAGAUGCAGCGCCAAUCAACCAAUGACCUCAAUUCCGUAUCUUCCCCAUAUGUCAUAUUUUAGCUGGAGGUUAUCUUCGCAACCUGACGACACUGCAAUGCGUUCUAGCGAAAUCGAAGCUCUAUGUCCACUCUGCUACUUUAACAGACCUCUUAACUCCGCAGGCUAGACUCAAUUAUUGACACUUUGGUUAUCGAUCAUUUGGACGGGGAACAAGUAGACUCGUGGCAUGCCCCCGGACUUCGUUACGUUCAAUUCACUUUUGUUGUCCCCGGCUUCUUGUAUUCCCUGUCUCACUUGUAAGUCGUAACACCGCCGGUAUGCCAUCGUGGAUGUUUUCAUAGCCGAUAAUUGUCAUCCCGGAGGGUAAACAGGAGGCCCUCGUGCGAAGCUUUUAGGAGUAAAUAUGAUACAAAUCAAGAAUGAUUACACACACAUUUGAUAUAACGAAUCCUUGCACCCGUUUAAGAAGAGCCUUUAAACUUCCUGUGUGCCGUGACAUCUAGUGACAGCCCGUUCUUGUUAAUCAACUUCACUCUGUGCAAGAGUUGCCAGGUGGAUUCAAGCCAAGUGCUCUAAGCUCAUCAACAUCCACAAGAGCUAAGAAGUACUCUCUCUUAAAGCGGAAUCAGUGUAGGGACUCCUUAAGAUUGUUUUGAAAACUCUGGAUUAGUGUAUUCUUUAAUGCGCGAGACAAACCUGUUGAAAGCCCUCCAUGCACAGGUGAGGAUAAACAACCUGUGCACGCAUACAUGAUAAAUCCCCUCCGUACCAGCUCGUCAAGCCACCAAAAAAGAAAAAAAAUUGGGUUAAUUUAUUAGGAGCUGGACGCUUGAUGCUAGUAGUAAGUGUCAGGCGCUUUUCUCAUUUCUAAGAGAAAUCCAUUUGGCGUUGACUCGACCCAAAUCUAGGAGGCCGCGAACCACGGUCCUCGACCUGUGCUGAAGGUUGGGAUACAGUCUUAGAGACUUCAAACAAGCUUGCUCAAUUUAGCAUGUACUGGCCUCUCAUGACCGGCCAUCUAUAAACUAGAGGAAACACUGCGCUGUUUGCGUGGUUCUGUAUUCGGAAGAAUGAUAAUAUCACAUUUGUAAAAUUAUGCACGCAACGAUUACAACUAAUAUUAUCAUCGCAUUCAUUAUGGGUUUCUGCGCAAGAAAAGUAAAAUUAAUUACUAUAUAACCAUAGAAAUGUAGUAAACCGUGGUUAGUGAUUUAAAAAUUAAGUUACUCGUCAUCUUCCGCCAACAAGACUUUCAAGUGAAAUUAUCCGUGUUU